AUGUGCCAGGAGUCAGCCGGCGAGCCAUUUUCGGACGGGCAGCCUGCGGCGGAUACCCCGGAGCCUUCGGAGACCACAUUGAAAGCGAAGCUGGGGAGGGGAAGUGUGCACUUGCAGAAGGCUGCAAAAACGAACAAGCACGAGACUGCUUCUGGCGACUCUGCCGCUGGCUGGUGUGCACGGCGACAGCAUGCAGCUGAGGAAGAGGAACAGAACGCCCAGGAAGCAGAGGCUGGCGAUCAGUCACUGAGCCGGUGGUGCACACGGCGUCGGCGUACGACCGAAGAGGAGGGCCAGACCCUGGUGGACUCUGCAGCUGAUGCAGAGGCGGCUGCUGCAUCAUCCCGACAGGCAGCUUUUUCAGGCCGUCGUUCCUGGUCCCCUCGUGAGGACCAGGCUCAAGCAGCGGUGCUUGCUGCGGAAUCUCCAGUCGAUGCCGAGGGCGAGGAGGAGGAGGAGAUCCAGCAACUGGGCUCGGAGGGCUGGCGAUGCUGCAAGCGGCGUCGACUCGAGGAGGCUGCGGAUACGCCGGAGGAUGAUGAGGAGCUAGAAGUCGAAGACGAGCCUCCCGCAGAUGUGGAGGAGGAUGCAGAUCCGGUCAGCAUCGGAGACGUUGAGGUGCUUGAAACUGCCUCGGCGGCUGCAGCAGAAGUAAGGGAGGAGCCAACAGAUGCCGCCGAAGCCGCCGAGGACGGCGAGGUCGCCGAGGCUGUCGACACCCAGCUGGCCGCCGACGGCUACGAGGAUGAGGAGAUCGAUGCCACACUCCCCGACUUUUCGCUCCCCGACUUCGCCCUGCCGGAGGACGAUGCCUGA